UUGCCACACUUUUUUACUGUUCGCUCUGGCCUCGUGGCUUCAGUCCAGAGACAGUGAAUCGGAGCCGGGGUAUGGAGAGCGCGGAGUCUGACAUGUAUGUGUCUGAAUGUUUUAUUCCCUCUUCUUGGCAAAAUUAGGACACAUCAUGUGUUUCAGGGAAGGAUCUAGGAAACAAACUUGAUUCUUGGGCCAUAAUACCCGGGCAUGUUUUCAUGAUGAUGUCAGCAUUUUUAAGCUGACUGUUUUUCUCACACAGAAUGAGGUCAUGUUACGUCAUCAGUAAAUGGAGGGUCAGCGCUAUUUUUGUAUGUCACGUCAGCUUCCUGUUUACACAAGCCAACGUGUAUAUAACGUGGUUGGGUCAGGCAGCAUACAGUACCUUACAGACGUCUCGACAAACCCUCAGCAUUCGAAGGCUCUACAUCGUCCAUAUUUUCAACUCAAACACAAGUUGUGAAGAAACCCGUAUCACCGCUUGUCAAUUGCCAUGGCCCUGGAGGUCCUCCCUAUCCCACUGACAUGGACACUUCUGCCGGUCCUGGCUGUUCUGUUCUACCUAUAUGCUGUUCGCCCGUUGUUUAUCUUUAGGAAAAUGGGAGUCCCAGGACCAACCCCUUUACCGGGAUUUUACAACAAUAACAUUUCUGUCUCAGAUGUGGGACCAGUCAAGGGAUUCUUCAAUGGGAUGACUCCAGCUCUUGUAAUAAGUGAUGCAGAGAUGAUGAAGGAGAUUUUUGUUAAACAGUUUCACAAAUUCACCAACCGCCAGACAGACUCACAGAUGAUCAAUGUGAAGCCCCUGAGCCGCAUGGUGUUCCAGCUACUGGACGAUGAUUGGAAGAACGUACGGACAACACUUAGCCCCGCCUUCAGCAGCAGCAAACUCAGACAGAUGACAGGUGCCAUGAACAGCUGUGCCGAUCAGCUGGUGGAGAAUAUCAGCAGCUUCGCGACAACGAAGGAGUCUUUUGAUGUCAGGCAGUUGACCGGUGCAUUCACUAUGGAUGUCAUCGCAAGGACCAUCUUCGGUACUGAGAUUAACUCACAGCGGAAUCCGCAGGACCCGUUCGCCAUCAAUGCAAAGAAAUCAUCCAACAUCAACUUCAAUAGUCCGCUGAUCUGGCUCUAUUGUGAGUUUCACUCCUAA